UAUACAAAUAUUAAUACCUCGCCCAAAAGGCAAUCGCCACCUUCAUCUAUCUUUUCGAUUUCUACUGUCCGAUCUUUGCGCUCGAUCGAUCGAGCGAUUCGAGGUCGUUGCAUCUCGGAAGCCGGCCACUGUUCCAAAAUCCAUCCUUUUCGGUGGUGGGUUAGGCUUCCGCUGUCAACUUCCCAUCGCCGAAUCCUGUCCAUCAUCGAAAACUCUCCUCCAAAAUCUUCGUCUUUUUCGGUGGAUUUCCACUUUUCGCGAGACAUUGAGCUAGGCUCGUGAUCUCUGUCACCUUCUCGCUGCUUGUUGCUGGCUCGAAGAAGAAGAAGACCCUGUUUAUGGAAUCCAUGGCGUGAAGGCCGAUUCCAUUUAUUUUUAUGAACGUGUGCGCGAAUCUUUGCCGAAUCCGCUUCCUCCAAAUCCAAUCCUUCUCCGUGGUCUUCCUCUACUGGUUCUAUGUCUUCUCCUGAACAAAGAUUGGAUCUUGGGAGCCGCCUUUCGCCCGCAGUCAGUCUCGGCGGCGCCGCCGCCGCCGCAGACUGGAUGAGGAAGCAGAAGCGGAAGCUGUCGAACAGGGAAUCCGCGCGGAGGUCGAGGAUGAGGAAGCAGCAGCACCUGCAAGACGUGGCGACCCAGGCGGCGGACCUGGCGAGGCACAACGCCGAGAUGGCGGCGCAGGUAGAGGCGCUGAGCCAGCAUCACCGGCGACUGGAGGCGGAGAACGGCGAACUCCGAGCGCAGGCGGCGGAGCUGGCGGAGAGGCUGUGGUCGCUAUCCGGGGUGCUCCGCCUGGUGGCCGUGGACGCGCAGGGGAUGUGGCAGCGCCACCGGGAGGCCUUGCCCGCCGCUGCGGCUGUUCCGUUCAUGGGUGACGGCGUUGGAUCGGCUUCAUAAAGCGCCGAGCUGCGCCGAAGUGGUCGGUCGGCUGGCUUAAUUUUUUUUUUUUUUUCAAUGAAUAUUUGUGUGCCUUCCAAGUGUUCUUGGUCACCUAAAGAUGGCCAUGCCCAUAAUAAUGAAUUAACACAUGAGGUGAUUGAUACUUGUGAUAGUUUGUAAAUCAUUUGCACUGAUUGUCAUGUCUAGC